ACAGGCUAUUGACGAUGAUUGCAAUCAAACUGCACAAAUUUUGUCAACGCUUCUCAACUGGUCACAGGUAAUACUGUACCACACAAGGAACAGCAAGCAUUGUAUAUACUGUAUCGCAUUUAAAGAAGCUUUAGGAUGAGAUGAGUGUUUUAUACCAUAAAAUCAAGCAAUUAUAUAUUAUAGAAGGUUCUUCAUAUUUGAUUUUUGUUCAUUUUUAUUUUGUUUCUAUACACUCCAUUUCUUUUGUCAACUUUGCAUGCAAGCAAUGCACCCCUGCAUGGUCCACUAUAUUUUCCCCCGUUUAUUGUAGAGGAAAAAAUGCGUACUUUUACCACUGAUAUUCCAUCUUGUUCAUUUUAUUAUGGAAAUAUUGUGACAAAAUCAUGUUUACAUCACCCUUCCACGCAGAAAAAUGUUUCUUCUGGUGCUACACGAUUUACAGUGUUACUCUUCCAUAUUUUAAACUUGAGGUUGUUACAUUUUUUAUUAUUAAUUCCUUUAAUGAUUAUAUUAAAUAUACGUUUCGUAAACCUUUCUAGCUGGUAUUAUUAUUUCAAUGUGUUCGACAGUGGCAUUUUUUAAUAUUUUUCUUUGUACGCUGUACAAAUACAUGUAGUAGUUUAACCUGCUGACGGUUAGGGUAUAUAGAAUUCAAAACCCAUAAGCAAACCCAGGUAAUACUGUUAAUAUACAAACAAUGUAAAUCUAUUGCUCUUGUGUACUGUAAACCAUGUCACUCGGUAACUGCAUGUAAAUGUAGAUCACAGCAUACGUCUUUCAUCCAAAUUUAGGCAACCUUUGCUUCAGGCAUAGAACCAAGUGAUGGGCAAUUGAAGGUCACAAGAGAAAUUGACGGUGGUUUGGAGAAUAUCUCUGUAAAAUUGCCAGCUGUUUUAUCUGCUGACCUAAGGUACAGAUGCUAUUAACACUCAGUUCGCUACAAUCAAGAAGACGUGGUCGUGGAUAUUCAAAUUUGAAACUUUUGCACCGAGUUUUAUUUUUUGAUCCAUGUUUGUCAAGGCGAUUUUACGUAACUGAAAUCCUGUAUUCUCUUUUAGAUUGAAUGAGCCGAGAUAUGCUACAUUACCUAACAUCAUGGUGAGCGAGCGAUUGUUAUAUAAUAGUGCAUGCAGUGAAAAUAAUUCAACCACGCUAUAAACUGAUUUCGUUUAGGCUAAUAGUCUAUAGUUCGCACUAUGAAGCAUCCGUAACGCCGUACUGUAAUGCUUGUACUUGGUUAAUACUGAACGUCUUACAUAUUUAUUUAGUCGAAUUUAUAUUAGAGAGGAGAAACUCGUUGUAUUGUAUAGAUGGUAAAUUUGGCAAAUAAAACACGUCGUUUGAAUGUAGAUUUAUAGGAGAUGGAAAUCAGUUCGUGGUUCGAGUCAGGGUGUUAGCCAGGAUUUCAAAAGUGGCCGUCCAAAAUAAUUUUGUGGGCGUGGCAACAUAUUUUUGUGGGCGUGGUCACAUGUUUUUGGGCGUGGCCACAAUUUUCUGUUGUUGAGGAAUUGCGGUGUUUUAUUCGUUGAACCUUUUUACUUUUAGAUGCACAUUUCCAUCAUUAAAUUAGUAAAAGCACACGUAUGGUAUGAUCACUACCGUAACUGUAACGUGGCGCUCGAUCGAUUGCUGUUUUUUAAAACAGCGAUUUCACAUUCUCCUUGAUACUUCAUGCGAGACAUUUACAAAAACAUGGCGCGUUUUACAAAAAUAUGGCGCGAAGUAUUCAAGAAAUAUUAGAAAGCUUGUAGGUUGCUAUUUAAAGAAAAUAUUCCCUUAGGCCGUCCAUGGCCGUCAAUUAAAAUUUAGCCGUCCAAAUUCAGAAGUGGCCGUCCAUAGGACGGUCGGACGGCCACCUGGCUAACACCCUGGUUCGAGUUUUAGACCGGUGCACGGGCGAUAAAGAGCAAUAGUUAAAAUUGGCGGAUUUAUGAGGUAAAAAGUGCAAAGAGAUGUCAAUGGGAAAAAUCAACACUCCAUUUCCUAGAAAAGAAACCAUCCUGUGCACUGAAAUUUUCGUGACUUUUAUUCUCGACAAUUUACGGUGGUGGUGGAGGGGUGCAUCAGAUAACCCCGAAUCAUUCCCUGCGUGUGCUGUAUUUUAUCUUAUGAUAUUUUAAACGGUUUAUUACUUGUAAAUUUUAGAAAGCUAAAAAGAAAAAGCUAGAUAAAAAGAGUCCAGCAGACCUUGGAGUAGAUGUCUCACCAAGGAUAGAAGUAUUAUCAGUUGAAGAUCCUCCAGUUCGCGAAGCUGGCAUAAAAAUCGAAAGUGUUGAUGAUUUGGUGGGGAAACUGAAAGAGCAUGGCUUUGUUUGAUGUCCUUAUAAUAAGAGCUGUUUAGGAGAAUUGUUAUUUUAAAAUUAUACUGUUUAUAUAUAAUAAAUUUCACAUAUUAGCAAUGUUUUGUCAAGGUGCAUGUGUGUUGUGUUUCCAUUGUGGUGAAUACAAUAUCAUUUGACGUGC